AUGCAGAUUUUUCUAACGCUCUGCGUAUUUCUAAUUGGACUAAGUUACGGUCUUGCUCAAGUAAUCACAAUAAAAUUGACGGAAACCGAUGCGUCAUUUGUACUCGAUGGAACUCGACUGGAGGAUAGCAAAACGAUCAUGCUGCUUGUCGAAACCGAUGACAAUUCAAUGAUCAUGCUCAACUCCUGGUUCGCCAGCCAGAACGCGACAAGUUUUCUCAUCCAGGACGGGAUUACAAAUUAUAGCUCUACCGCCUUACCAUCAGAGGCAGUAUUUCAGCAAAACCUGGCUCUCGACAACCUCGAGCUCAACAAGGACUAUCAAUUCUGGAUGAUAUUCAGGAGCUUGGAAGGGAAGAAUUUAACCGAUCCUGUUCUAUCCACCGAACGUACCAUCUACUACAUCCCAAACGCUAUCGAAGACUACCAAGUGUCGCGCAAC